AGUGAGAGACUGUCAAAGUCAAAGGAUCCUGGAUCAGCUGUUAUCUGUCUGUCCUGCACAACAUCCACUGAUAAAUAACACAUCGUUAACGCGAGCACACUGUGGCAAAAGAAGAAGCGCCUCCUAUGAAGAUUGAAGUCACAGCAGCAGCUUCACACCGUAUCCAGGCAGCAUGAACUCCCUACCAGGAAGAGCAGCUCUGUCUCUGUGUAGACGCACCGCAGCAGCCGGCGGCGGGUUGAGGGUCUUGGCCGGUUCUCCGGGUCACCCCGCCGCUGCUGGUGGCAUCAUGCCCGCAGACAGGGCCUCUCUCCAGGCUGUGCGGGUCUGCCACUCCGGGGCGACCAGCAAGGGCAGCGUCAGCACAAAGAAGAGGGGCUUCGACAUCACCAGAAACCCAUACCUCAACAAGGGCAUGGCAUUCACUCUGGAGGAGCGCCUACAACUGGGCAUCCACGGCCUGCUGCCCCCCUGCUUCCUCUCGCAGGACGUGCAAGUGCUGCGUGUCAUGAAGAGCUAUGAAACGCGCAUCAAUCCUCUGGACAAGUACAUCCUGCUGAUGACGCUGCAGGACAGGAACGAGAAGCUGUUCUACCGUUUGCUGACCUCUGACAUCGAGGAGUUCAUGCCCAUCGUGUACACUCCCACCGUCGGCCUGGCCUGCCAACAGUAUGGACUCGCCUUCAGGAGACCACGAGGACUCUUCAUCACCAUCCAUGAUAGAGGCCACAUCGCCACCAUGCUCAACUCCUGGCCCGAGGAAGACAUAAAGGCCGUUGUGGUGACCGACGGGGAGCGUAUCCUCGGCCUGGGUGACCUGGGAUGCUACGGUAUGGGCAUUCCUGUUGGGAAGCUGGCGCUCUACACGGCCUGCGGAGGUGUCCGGCCGCAGCAGUGUCUCCCUGUGCUGCUGGACGUCGGCACUGACAACCAGGCGCUGCUCGAUGACCCUCUGUACAUCGGACUGAAGCACAAGAGAAUCAGAGGAAAGGAGUACGACGACCUGGUCGACGAGUUCAUGCAGGCAGUGACAGACAAGUACGGGAUGAGCUGUCUGAUACAGUUUGAGGAUUUCGCCAACAGCAACGCGUUCCGCAUCCUCCACAAAUACAGGAAUCGAUACUGCUCCUUCAACGACGACAUCCAGGGCACGGCCUCAGUAGCUGUUGCCGGGAUCUUAGCCGCUCUGAAGAUCACAAAGAACACGCUCUUAGACCACACUGUUGUUUUCCAGGGGGCGGGCGAGGCUGCUCUGGGUAUCGCUCACCUGCUCAUGAUGGCCAUGGCCAAAGAGGGAGUAAGCAGAGAAGAAGCUGCCAAGAGAAUCUGGAUGGUGGACUCAAGAGGUCUCAUUGUAAAGGGAAGAGGUAAUAUUAACCACGAGAAGGAGGAGUUCGCUCACGACCACCCGCACAUAAAGACCCUGGAGGAGGUGGUGCACACCGUCAAACCCACCGCCAUCAUCGGAGUGGCUGCUAUCGCAGGAGCGUUUACUGAGAACAUUAUCAAAGACAUGGCGUCCUUCAAUGAGAGGCCGAUCAUCUUUGCCCUGAGUAAUCCUACCAGCAAAGCUGAGUGCACAGCAGAGCAGUGCUACACUCUCACAGAGGGCCGGGGCAUCUUCGCCAGUGGAAGUCCGUUCGAGAAGGUGACUCUGGCUGACGGACGCACCUUCUACCCCGGCCAGGGAAACAACGCCUACGUCUUCCCUGGAGUCGCUUUGGGUGUUAUAGCCUGUGGAGUACGCCACAUAUCUGACGACAUCUUCCUCACCACAGCGGAGGCGAUAGCUGACAUGGUAACAGAGGAGCACCUGGCUGAGGGAAGACUCUAUCCUCCUCUCAACUCAAUAAGAGAGGUGUCCUUCAAGAUCGCUGUGAAGAUUGUCAACUAUGCAUACAAACACAACAUGGCUUCGCUGUACCCGGAGCCUAAAGACAAGGAGGCGUUUGUGCUGUCUCACAUCUACAGUCCAGAUUACGACUCCUUCACUCUGGACACAUACAGCUGGCCAGAAGAGGCCAUGAACGUCCAGGACGUGUGAUCCUGACUCUCAACUCAAUAUGCUGCCGUGGUGUCACGUACAAUUUCUGCAUUGCCUCCAUUCAGAAACGUAGCCAAUGAUUCUAGCCUUUUAGCUUUUUUUUCUUCGUUUCUGUCUUUCAUUUAUAAAUGUUAGAAGGCCUCUGCCCUCCUCUUACAGACGGACAGUGGUCAAUAUAAUUUAGAUGCCAAACAAAGUCUCUAUUAUUCUGCUAUUCUAUGAAAUGUCAAGUACCAGUUGUAUUUUCCUCUUUCAGUGCUGUAUUUUGAUUAGUUCUCUGUACCUGAUUGAAGGUCUGAGUGAAAUAUUUUUUUAGCCGCACACACAAAUAUCGCAUAUCAAAUAUCAUGAGCAACUUUACAACUUAAACUACACUCCUUUCACUAGGUUUACCAGCUAAGAUGUUGUCGUAUUCAGCGCUCGCAGGGACUCAAAAUCUGUAUUUGAGAGACAAAUCAGAGCUAGUGCAUAAAAUAAGAAAGCAGUGGCUCACAGUAACGCACAAUGCUUCCUCUUGUCUUCAACAGAGGACUCAUUUUGAAGCUAAAGAUAAAAAUUGAACAGAAACUCUCUGUGCCUCUUCCUGUGUGACCUCAGGACAUCACUGCUCCAUAUUCAGAGUUAAACCUCGAUUUUUUCGGUGGGUUGCAAAGAAGCCACAUUUGGCUAACCCCUGAAGCUGCUCCUUCAUAUUUUACACUCCUGUCUGUCAGCGCACGUUUUAACCUGCACACAACAAGACUAAAGACACUCCAGAGUCUGUUUCGCCGUCUCUGCCUCCCAGUGAGAACCAGUUAUUCUUGAUGGGAGGCACUUCUGUUGUCUUGGAUGUGUUCAGAGGAGGCAUUGUUAGAGGUUUAGUGUCACCAUCAGGAUGUUUUUUUGUAUACAAUAAUGGUGUGUUAUUCCUUUAGUUUUGUACAGAGCUCUCUGCCUGUUGUGGUGUUUUUGCCAAAGUUACUGAUGAACUGUAUCUUAUCUUUUACUCCUAGAGAACAUGAUGCUCUGCUAGCUUUAGUACUGAAUUAUAGGCUUGAAGUUUUUAAAGGGAACAUGAAACUUUUUAAAUAAAAUUGUCAACAAAA